AUGCCCUUCCUACGCGGGGCUCGUCCAUCUCAAGCCGGGCAGGCGUCUGGCCGUCACACUGGCCACCCGGCACACGUGAUGACCCUCAUCGAAGGUGCUGCUCUUCCGGCUGGGCCGCCUCAUCCUCGCAGUGCACGUCAUUCCUCAGGCCGUGGUUCAUCCCCAGGCUCCUGCGCGCUCUGCAACCCUGUUUUCCUGUUCGCAGGUGCUGCGCUGACCUGCGCUGACCUCCAUGCAAUGCAGCCUCCACGCAAUGCAGCCUCCACGCAAUGCAGCCUCCACGCAAUGCAGCCUCCACGCAAUGCAGCCUCCACGCAAUGCAGCCUCCACGCAAUGCAGCCUCCACGCAAUGCAGCCUCCACGCAAUGCAGCCUCCACGCCUCCAGAUAG